AUGACAACAGGGGGCUCCCUUGACUCGGAUGAUGACGAUGAUUCUGGCUGGUCUGAUAGGCUUGAAGAGAUCUACGAGCAGACUAAAUCCUUUCAUACAACGCAUCAGAAAUUUUUCAUUCGACUUUCACUGGCGCUUUCUGUUGCUUUUUGGGUCACGUUGUUCAGUUUACCACUUUACUUCGGGAAGCUUCACUAUUGCGUCUUCGGCUUUCGCGGGGAGCUCCAUGAGACGUACUCUGCGUAUGGUCGGGAUCCCGGCUGCAAGCCCGAAAUGGUCGGCAAGAUGCGAAACAUCGGAAGCUUCAAGGAGCCUGAGAUGGUGCAGUGGACACCAGACAUGACUCCCUGGCAUGACAACUUACGACACAGGGACAUUUGGUGUGGCUAUCUGCCAGCCACCUGGGAAGACUACUGGCCAAACAUUGCGCAGUUCAUCGUCUUCACCGUCUACGCCAGCACCGGGGACACGGUCCGCCUGGCCUGGCAGGGCCUCAUCGGCACGGCCGGUGCCUGCAUCAACCUCCAGUUCAUGUGCUGGCUUUAUCCUGGUGGAGCUUACGCAGCCACGUGUGCAAGCGGCGAACCCUGUGUCCCCAACAACUUCAGUUUUGUGGUGUGUUGGAUCGACGUGCUGGGUGUGCUCUUUCUUUUCCUGGCGUCAAGGGCCAAUGAGAACACCAUCAAGUUCGGGAUGUCCUGGCACGUGUGCUUCAUGAUGGACUUCAUGAAUCCAACAAAGCCACUGCCUGGCGGAGUCUUGGAGGAUCUGAGUGGUGUGAACAUUUGGUCAAACGACUUGGUCCCGGAGAUCUUACUGACCUCCGUGGUCGGAGCUGUGAUCUCAAUUCUGGCAACUUUUAUCCCUAGGAUCUUCUUUUGCAUGCGACCUCUCGCGAACAGGGUAUGGGCAGCUCAGAAUUCUCUGGCCUGUGCCGAACACAUUGGUAGCGUCUGGAAGGAGAGCAUCGAAUAUCUCUGUGGCACCAAAUCUUAUGCCAAGAAGUACCAACUGCAGCGGAAGAUCGACGAUGUGCGAGAAAAGAUUGCAAGCACCAAGGGCCAGGUGGAGCAAGCGUGGUGGGAGACCUUUCAGUGUGGAACACCGGAGCAGGUACGUCUGAAGCAGCAUGUCUUCCUGACAGGUGUGGAGGGUGUGCAGCGCACUAUGUACGCGUUGGCAAACUGCAUCUUGUGCGAAGACUUUGGUGGGCAACACAAUGAAUUUGUGGGUGCUCUCUACCAUAGCGUGAUGAGGCUUCAUGAGAAUUCCUUCAAACUCACGGUGACCUGUUCCCAUGCUUCGGCUGAUGGUGUCAUCACAGACGACGAAGCAGAAGAAAUUGAAGCCUUGCAAGAGAGGGUGCGAGAAUGCCAGCGCGAGCUCCUCCACAAGUUCCGACAAGCAGUGCCCUCCGGCAUUUCGGCAAGUCUGGCGGAAGAGAUCACUUUCCUGUUUGCUCUCUCCUUCUGGGCUACAACCACAGAAAACCUGGCUACCGAACUGGUGACGCACGAGCCCAGCAGAAGCUGGUAUACCGUGAUCAAGCAGGGCUUUGUGGACACCUGGGGUCUUCACCACGUCUUAGAGCCCGACCAUCUCAAGUUUGUUGUUCGCAACUUCAUUCCCAUAUCCACCUGCUAUAUUCUGGCAUAUGCAGUUCCUACGAAUUCCGUUUUCGUGCAGUACUCUGCAACAAUGCCAAACACAUUAGCGUUGCUGAUUACCCGCUUUUCCGGGUCUGCCUUCACAAAGAACAUCCAUCGGACACUCGGAGUCCUCUUGGGCAAGUUCUGGCCCAUACUUCUGAAGGCAUCCUGGAUGGCCUGGCCGUGCCAGUCAACGGAGCGUGGAAUUUUGCAACUGGUUUCCCUCUUCCUCUUUGUUGCCUUGUCAAGCUAUGUCUACUACAGCUCCACGACGUGGGCUACUAUUGCUGUGCUCGUGGCAGGCUACGGUGUCUACCCGCUCAUGAUCCCAUGCGAGAGCGAUGUCUCAUCGGACAGCUACUAUUCGGCGCGGUACAAGGAGAUCGGGCAGGUGACUGUCGCGAUCAUGCUGCAGUUCUGCAUCGAGUCGGCCUUGCACGCCACUUCUCCUGCAGAAUUGGCAAUCAAGAAAAUGGAGCAAGCAGUGCAGGCUGUCCGAACCGGCUUCCGUGGGUUCUUUGAAGGCGACCUGGACUUGAUGGCAGAGGGCAUGAAGACGGAAGGUUACCUGCUGGAGGCCAGGGCUCUGGCGGCUGAGGCGGACCCCAGCGUGCAGCUGGCCCCUGGCUGGCAGGCGCCCUUCAAGCUCCGACUCUACACUAUGAGUCUCGAUGUGUUAGAUCAAAUCAAGUCCGACUACGUCAUGCUCUUCAAUGCAUGCCUGGACCAGCAAUCCUUCUCGGCGAACGGGGAGAACACCUCCGAGAUUCUCCGACCACUGUCGGAGAACCCUGCAAUGAGGGCACUCUUCGAGCGACUCACAGGCCACUCGCACAACAUCAUGGACUCCCUCUUCAGGACAUUGAGACACACGUCAGAGACCUCACUCGACUCAGACAUCCUGAAAGAGGUCGUGGAAGUCUCCUUUCAUGCGGUGUUUCCAGAAGAUGAGCGCGAUCGACUUUACCGAACACUCACUCUGAAUCUGCCAGCCAUGUCCAAGCAGCACCUCAGUGUCGUCUACGAUCCACAAGCACGGGCGACUGUGGUCAUCCGGGCCUUGGAAAACGCAAUAAACCACUUGGAAGACAUCUGUUCACUCAUCAUUGGCGAGGACAUCUUCUGA